AUUUCAAGUGAGUUUUCAACUCAGUUCAAGUUAAAGUUUCAUCCUCUUUUUUUUCCAUCCUUUUCCUUAUUUGCACACACACACACUCACUCACUCACACCAGUCUCUCUCUCUCUCUCUCUCAUUCACACACAAACAAUUAACACGAUUAAUACUCAUUGACUUUAUAUUUUUGAUAGAUUCCACUUCCCUCACUGCCUCAUCUAAUCAUCAUCUUAAUCAACCUUAUCAUCAUUGUCAUUAUCACCAGAGUGAAUAAGAGAGUGAGAGAAAACAUCUUAGUUAACCUUGAUAACACGAUAAUCAUAAUAAGCCAACAAUUAACUAACCAACUUUGAAAUAAACAAAAAAGUUUCAUCAAAAGAAAAAACCUAAUGACAAAAAUUACGAUUAAAAAAACAAUUAUCAAGAAUAUACAUUUAAUUGUUAUGUUUAAUUACUAAUUAAUAAACAAGUAAAAAGCUGCGAAAGAAAUUAAAAAGAUUGAUAAUGACAACGAUGAUCAUGAUUUUGAUGACAAUGAAAAUUUAAUUAUAAUCUUAAAGUGAACAAUUAAAUAUUUCAUCUCAGAACUUUCUGAUAGAGUCGAAAGAGAAGAAGAAAAAAAAAUUCUAAUAAUAAAACAGUUACUAAAUUAGAAGAAGAAAACAAAGUGAGCUUUUUUUACUUCUCCUCUCUCUCUCUCUCUCUCUCUUCUAAUAUCAAAACCUCUCCCGUCGAACCUCCUCCUCCUCCUCCCACCACCGAACUCACUCUAUCCUUUUUAUCAUCCAAUUCUCUCUCUCUCCGAAAAUAAUUUCUCUCUUUUUUUUUCAUAUAUUCAGUUCCAACAUGAUGAAAGUUACCAUGACUUGAUCACUUUGUACCUUGUGAAAGUUAUAUAUACACAUAUAUACAUAUAUUAAUAAAGAGUUUUGGAAAAACAAUUAACCUUAUUAAGUUUUGUUAUUAAUAUAAUUGUUUAUUUAAUUAUAAGCAAUUAAGUUUUGUGUCAAUCCAUCAUCAAUCUAAUCUUCAUCAUCAACUUGAACAUCACCAAAUCAUCAUCAUCACAAUUAAUCUCACUCACUCACUCACUCACUCUCUCUCUCUCUCUCUCUCUCUCUCUCUCUCAAUCAUCUUUAUAUUUUAAUUUUCUUUCGUUGAUUAACUUGUUUAACUCUCAACAACAUCAACAAUCAACAAUCAACUUCCACUUUUCUUAUGAAACCAACAACAACAACAACACACCAACAAUUAAUAUAUUAAAUUACAACAAAUUAACCAUUGAAUUGAUAUUAUAUCAAUUGAUCCAGGAGAAGAAAAAAAAAGGAAAUACAAUAAAAGGAAAUUGGAUUAAAGGUUAAGUGAUAUUCUAAUUUAAUAAUAAUAACAAUUAAUUUUCAACCUUCAGAAUCAGUGUAAUCAUCUUUGGUCAUUAUUUGGUCAACAUCAAUAUCAAUUAUAUAACGAAAGUGUCUCUCUCUUGAUAACUUUUGUUUACUAUCAACAUCACUGUUUGUAAACAAAUACAAAUACACAGAAAGUGAGAGAGGGACUUCAAGUGAUUAAUCAAAUUAAAUAAAUACAACAACAACAACAACAACAACAACAAUCUAUGGAAGAUUAAUUGUUUUGUCAAACUGAUCAACACCAAUUCAUCAUUGAUAGAUGAACAUUAAAAUUAUUUGCUUGAAAGAUUUAAUAUCUUGAAUGAACAUAAUUACACCUCUGCAAAUCCUCCUGGUUAAUCAGCAACAAUCAACAUCAUUAGUAAUCAACGUUCAUCAUCAACACCCAUGUAGUUACACACAAAUAGUGAGAGAGAGGGAGAGUGAGAGAGAAAGUGAAAGAAAACAUAGAAUUUAAAUCAAUUUGGAAAUUUAUCAACGAAAAAUCGAACAAAAACAAACUCGAUAAGAAUAAAAUAAUAAUUUUCUCUUCAGUUUUUUCUAUCCCAAUGUUAUCAUGUUCGUGUGUGUGUCUCGGUGUUGGUGUCAGGGUUGAGAAAGUGAAAGGAAGGAAAUAGGAAGGAAAAAGAAGAAGAAAAAUUUCAAAGUAAAACCAAAGUGAAAUUUCAUCUCGAUUCUCAUCAUCCUCAUCCUUAGAAUCUUCAUCUUCAUCUUGAUCAUCAUCAUCAUUGAAUUUCAACCAAACAACGAGAUUGAGGAAACUUUUGAGAGAAAAAUAAAAUUACUCUCUCUUUCUCUUUCUCUCUCCAAUAAUAUUUUACUAUCAUCAUCAUUAUCAUUAUCAUCAAUAUCUAGAAGAGUAAAAUGAAUCAACUGGAAAUCAUUGGAAGAAAAAAUCAAUCAUGAUAAGUAGUAGCAUCUGAAAGUCACAAGCAGAAAGAUAUUGAUUUAAUUUGGUUGCAAGAGAAAAGGCAAAAAUAAUAACAGAAAGAGAGAAACAAACAAACAAAAAAGAUGAAGAGAUGAUGAUAAAGAUGAAGAUGGAAAGUGAAAUUCAACCUCUUCAUCCUCCAUUCAUCUUGUUGAUCAAUUGUUAGCAUCUCUCUCUCUCUCUUUCUCUCUCAACCUUUACAACCACCUACACCUCCUUGUCUUGCUCAUCAUCAAAUUAUCAACAUCAUCAUCAAGCUACUGUUAAUAUUGAAUCAUGUCAACAGAGCCAAAAAAUAAUCACAAUCAAAAAGUUUUCUUCAUCAAUAAUAAUCAUCAUCAGUAAUUGAAUAAAACAAACACACCAACAGAAAUUAAAAGUGUUCAAUUCAAAUUCAAGGAAUCAGUUAAUUAAUCUCUAUUAAGGUUUAUAAAUCAUUAUCAUUAUUAAUUGUGAUAUAUUGUCUGAGUGUUUUUAUUAUUAUGGUGAUGAAAUUUUUUCCAAGUUAAUUGUGACAAUUUAACGUCUUUUUUUUUGCUGGUGAUGACUAAAGAAAAUGUGAUUUCCAGUUAAUCCUUAAUGAUGAAUACAUGAUGAUUACACCAUCAUUUGAUUUCUAUUAUAAUUUAAGUGUAAUCAUCUGGAAUCCUGGUUAUCUAUUAAUUACCAGUCCACCCACAACAACAAUUAAACGUUUUCUAUUAAAUUCAAUACCAUCAUCAUCAUCAUCAACAACAACAAUUGUAUCAUCUUUGUUAAUAUUAUUACCUCUUACAAUUAAAUCACCAAUAAAUCAACUGCAACCAAAACUGAUUGAAAAUCACCACCAAUUGAUAUUAACACAGCAACAAUUUACCUCUUCAUCUUUAUCCCCUGAAUCCUCAAUAUCAGUGAAAAAAUCAUUAUCAUCAUCAUACAGAGAAAGAGGUAAUAAUCAUCAUCAUCAUCAUCUCCAUCUCCAUCAUCAUCCUGAAACAAAUCUAAUUGAUAAAAUCUCUAGCAUUUCAUUAUUAUCCAAUUUUUCAAAUUUUUCGUUACGUUGGUUAACCAAACCAAUAACAAUAAUAAUGGCUGACUAUUCAUCGGCUUUAUCAUCUGUUAACGCUGUUGCAGCUUCAGCAGCCAUGGCAGCAUUCACAUCAUCAAUUUCCUCUUCCUUUCCCGGUGCUGGGAUAAGUAAUAGUAACAGUAUCGGCAAUGGGUCACCGAUAACCAGGGUAACCUCAUCAGUUUUAAAUUCAAGUGAUUCGGGUUACGGGUCACCCAGUGAUACCUUAAUUACCUGGCAAGAGGUGACAAUUUUAUUAUUAAAGAUAAUAAGCUGUGGAAGUAUAAUAUUAAUGGCAAUUUUUGGUAAUUUAUUGAUUAUUAUAAGUGUUUAUCGUCAUCAACGAUUACGAAUAACAACCAAUUAUUUUGUUGUCUCGUUAGCCUGUGCCGAUAUCCUUGUCGCUCUUUUUGCCAUGACCUUUAAAGCCUCCGUAGCGAUAACUGGCCGCUGGUUUUUGGGUAAAUUGGUUUGUGACUUUUGGAAUUCCUGUGAUGUACUUUUCUCAACGGCUUCAAUAAUGCACCUUUGCUGUAUCUCGGUUGACAGAUACUAUGCCAUCAUUAAACCGUUAGAUUAUCCAAUGAAAAUAACCAAUCGUGCGGUGGCCAUAAUGUUAGCCGUUGUUUGGAUAAGCUCAACUUUAAUCUCAUUUGUACCCAUUUUCACUGGACUUUAUACCACAAGUGAACACAUGAUCUAUCAACAAUCCCAUCCGGAUGAGUGCUCAUUCAAAGUUAAUCUACCCUAUUCAUUAAUAUCAUCAUCCGUCUCAUUCUGGAUUCCCUGUACUGUGAUGUUGUUUACCUAUUGGAGGAUUUAUGUUGAAGCAACUAAACAGGAAAAAAUGUUAUAUAAACACACCCAAAUGAUACCCAAAGUCCAACAAACUCAUCAUCAUCAUCAUCAUCAUCACCAUCAUAAGCAUCAUUAUAAUACAUCAUCAUCUCAUCAUAGCCAACAACAACAACAAUUACAUACUCAAACAACAAAUUAUUCAACAGGGCCCAGUGUGGGUGGGGGAGGUACAACCAAUAAUAAUAACACUGCUAAUAACAAUAAUAAUAAGGAUAAUAAUAUUGUGACUUGUGGGAUUGGUACAAAUCCCUGUGCUACAACAACAACAACCGCCGCCGCCGCCGCGGCCGUGGCCACAACGACAACAACGGCGACAGCAACAACAACACUUACUAAUACCAAUGAUACUGGUAAUGGUUCCUCAUCAUCAGGAUCUCAUAUAACGGUACAUGCACCACCUCAUCGUAAUUCACACGGCGAUGAUACUGAAAGUGGACAAUCAACACCAACCAAACGUUGUAUUAAUAAAAUGAAACGUGAACAUAAAGCAGCUAAAACCCUUGGUAUCAUCAUGGGUGCUUUUAUCGCCUGUUGGUUACCCUUUUUUGUUACAUAUGUUACUCUAUCAGUGUGUGGUGAUUCUUGUGUUGAUUUUCCAGAUAUUGUGGUGGACACACUUUUCUGGGUGGGUUAUUUUAAUUCUGCCAUUAAUCCAGUAAUCUAUGCUUAUUUUAAUCGGGAAUUUCGUGAAGCCUUCAAGGAGACCAUACAAAAUGUUUUCUGUUGCUGUCUUCAAGUUGAAUGUUUACAAGGUCCAAGGAAUAAUUCAUCGAUACACUUUAAUUGUACCUACAGGUCAACCCAAGAUAUUGGCCUGGUCGAAAAUAAGUAUGUAAAAGAUUGACAAAUGGUGUAAAAGAAAAACAGAAAAAGAAACCCUUCCAUCACCCUUGACCUCUCCAAACUGACCACUACUCUCUCUCUCUCCCUCUCUCCCAGAAAAAGACACAAACACCAACAGCUAACUACGACUAAAAACAAGCUGAAAACUUAUACAUAUAAAUGAAUAUAUACAAAUAUAUAUAUAUUAUAGUUAUUAAUAAAAUAUUAUAUAAUUAAAUACGAUUAUCAAAAAGUUA